AUGGGUCCACUGACAGCCAUCGGGCUGAUGGCAAACAUUUUGGCCUUUGGCGAUUUUGGCCUUAAAGCACUUAACGAAGCCAGAAUAGUCUACAAAUCCUCAUCAGGUUUCACUGUAGAAGCUGCCAACCUGCAGAGAUUUGGUGAGCAAAUGCGUCGUUUCGCGAACAAUCUCCAGACCCCGGAUCCCAUGGAACUCAAUUACGGCGAGAAGGUCCUCUGCGCAUUAGCAAAAGACUGCUGCAAAGUUUUAGAAGAGGGAAUCAAGGAAGAUGAGCCUCGGUCCCUACCCUUAGGCGAGAACCGGAAUACUGGGCAUGAAGCGGUCAACGACGGAAUCGGUGUGGCACUUGAGCAUCUGGGAAAGCGAGCCAUCCUGCCGAAACUAUUCGCGCAUGUUUUCAUCGUUCGUUUCGCUGCCACGCUGGUCUCAGUAUGGCUUCUGAGCCAGCUCUUUGAACUCGCUUUGAGACAGAUUCAUGCUUGA